AUGGCUAAGUUUACAAUCCCUUGUUUCGUCCUCAUUUUGGUGCUCUUGUCAACCCCCAAUGUUUGGAAGAUAGCAACUGUUGAAGGUUCCAAGUGUUGUACUGAUCAUCCUGAACUUGGAAAGUGUAUCCCUGGUGCGGAUGACAACCCAGACAGUGGGAAAAUGCUGGAAAUUUUGCACUUCAGAUUGUGA